AUGGUCCUAGCACUGGGAGUAAUUAUAGUAGAAUCGCUUGAAGCUGCAACUUUACAUAGACAUUUCAAAGAUGAUGAAUCAUCCUGCCGCAAAGAUCGAGACCACUCCAAGAUGAAGAAAGAUUGUGCCAUACUCAAAGAAGCAUAUCUCUGGUAUUUUACGUUGAUAUUCAUAAAUGAUAUUGUGUUGGUGCUGUGUUCCUUUGUCCUGCUCCUACUGUUUGCAGAUUGGAUUUUGUUUGUUGCACCGGUAAGAAAUGUUAGUUUUACAGAUGUUCAUAUUUUACAGGCACUGGCGUCAAAAUGAAGUUACUUUAUGUGUUAUGUAUAACAUGACAGGCCGGGUUGUAUCGGAUGUACAAACUCGAACCGCGAAAGCAACACGGACGCGAAUGUUGUAAAUGGUUUGUGAAACGUCUUGAUGAGAACAUUCGUAUUCGUCAACAAUUUAAAAUAAAUGAAUGAUAACCAAAGUUAGAAAAUUAAACAUAAAGUUUAUGUAAAUCAGCAUAAUUUUGUAUCAGAAAUACAAACUCCUUCACGGUCAUGAUUUCUCUUUGUUUUUUUUUCAUGAAUUAUUAUAAUAAUUGUUCUUCCAAGACAACCAGUAUGGCGUUACAGAUAUUACAGAAAUUCACUUACAAAGGUGGCUAAAAUUUUCGGUCGAAAGCUCAAAGAAAAUUUUUCAUGUCCCCUAGUGGUGACAGAAAAUACGAAAUUUUACCCAGCCCUGGCAAUAAGAUUAUAAAAUUUUUAUAAAUUUUUUUGUAAUAUUUUCAGAAAACGCUACAUGACCAACAGGCGCCCACGGAGCAAUACCAGCAGACUUCUCAACAAGAUCAGAGUGCAAUACCAUUGCAUCCAGUGUAA